AUGGUGUCAAGAACGCUUCCGUUGGAGUUAGAGGAAGAGAUACUCAUUAGAGUUCCACCUCCAUCUCUCGCUCGCUUCAAAGUCGUUUGCAAACGAUGCUUGGAGAACUGCGAUGGGUUCUUCUUCUCAGAUGACAAUAAAUGGAUCCAAACAUACCUGAUGCGAACAGACUCUUUCUGGUCAGUAAAGAAAAAUACAUCUUUGGGUUCAUGGGUUUGGCGGAAACUAUUGAAAUACAGAGACUUAGCUAAGUCGUUCUAUAAGGUAGAGGUGAAUAAUGGACGACGAACAUCUUUCUGGUUUGAUAACUGGUCUCCGAUGGGUACUCUGUUUGAUAUUACUGGAUGUCGUGGAUUCAUAGACCUAGGUAUUCCCGCCCGUAGCUCGGUAGCGGAAGCUCUCUCAAAACUCCGAAUCAGGAAUCACAGACAGGCACAUCUUAGAGCAGUGCAGAACAUGCUCCAGACCUACCGUGAUAGACAAGCGCGGGAAACAGAGGACACUGCGCUCUGGAAAUACUCUACGGAAGUGUUCAAACCUUCCUUUAACACAAAGAAGACGUGGUUGCAACUACGGGACACUGGUCCUAUUAUGGAGUGGCAUAAAGGUGUCUGGUUUACUCACUCUACGCCCAAAUUCUCUUUCUUUGCCUGGUUAGCGCUCCACAAUCGCCUAGCGACGUGUGAUCGUAUCUUGUCCUGGAGCCCUGGUAUCAACCCUCUGUGUGUGUUCUGCCAACGGCAACAAGAAACUCGGAACCAUAUUUUCUUCACCUGCGGCUACUCUAACUCUCGCCACCCGCGGAUUCCUCUGUUUCUCGUCCGAUACGUGUUUCAGUCCGCGAUACAUACCUUGUGGAGGGAACGCAAUUCACGUAGACACGGAGAUCGACCACAACCUCCGGCCAAGCUUACUCGUAUCAUAGAUAAGACUGUUCGGAACCGCAUCUUGAUGGAGUCGAAGAUGCAAACCGACGAGUCUCAAACCGAAUCAAGAAACCAAACCAGAAGUAUGCGGUCUGACCAACAACUCUGGUUUUAUCUUUUCAAUUGUUUUAUUUGA